GGGAAGGGGAAGGGUAGCUUUUUGCGGUUGCUGGGGAAGAGGAGGGGUGGUUUCGUGGUGGGGGAAGGGGAGGCAGGGGUCUUCGAUGGUUGGGCUGGGGUUAGGGGCUGCCGGAGAUGGCGUGCAGGUGGUGCAAUAGUGGUGUACAUUGGGAGGAGAGAGAGGGAAAAAAACCAACAAUAAUUUAAAGCAAUCAUAUAGCGACACAUAUCAUGGUUAACCCGUUUAACAGGUUACCAACUGGUUAUGUCUUGUUUAAAAUUAACAAGAUCCAAAGGUUUGUAAUAUUCAUGUAUAAUCUAAAGGUUAUACUCCCUCCGUCUCUUAUUUUUUGCCCCAUUGCAAUUUUAUGGGUCAAACUUAUAAAACUUUGACCAUAAAUUCUCGAUAAUCUAUAAGCGAUAAUAUAUUCAUGUGAGGUCUUGUUAGAAUCAUCUUAUUGUAUAUUUUAUUUAUAUCAAACUUUUAUAAUUUUUAUGCGUAUAGAAAUUAAGAUAUAUACGUUUGAACACACGUCUUAAAAACCGUAAAAAGUCAAAUAGGGCAAAAAAUAAGGGACAUAGGGAGUAUUAUUAAGAAGAACGGGCUAAAGUUUAUAUUAUUUUAACAACUUUUCCAAUAAAUAAUGCAAAAAGUCGCAAGGGAGGCACUUUAAUAAUAAAAUGGGCCUAUUCAAUAACUUUCCAUUGCUCUCAUUACAAGAGUUAAAAAAAAAAGUCAAUAGGAGAAAACGUGGAAAUAAAAAACCCAAGCGGUCCUGAAUACUUCCGUUUGCUACAAGUGACCUAUAAAUCAUGUCACCCCCCAAUUUCACCAUUUAUAUGUGCAUUGCAUCACACCAAUUAAAGUGUCAAAACAUUUAUUAAUUUUGCGUCCUUUGAUUAGCUACAAAUCAUGAACAAGUACAUGAAUAAGUACGAGGCAAACUAUGCAGCUCUUACUCCAGUCACAUUCUUGAAAAGAGCUGCUAAAUUUUAUGCUAACCGUACCUCCAUCAUAUACGGUGGUGCUCGGUUUACUUGGCGGCAGACCUACGAUCGCUGUCGACGCCUCGCUUCGUCCCUCCAAUCCCUUGGCAUUGCCAAAAAUGACGUGGUAUCAGUAUUGGCCCCAAAUAUACCAGCAUUGUACGAGAUGCACUUUGCAGUGCCAAUGGCAGGAGCUGUGCUCAACUCCAUCAAUACUCGGCUUGACGCCAAUACUCUCAAGUCUAUACUCGACCACUCGGAAGCUAAGAUCCUUUUUGUGGACUACGAGUACAUCCCUCUUGCUUACGAGGCGCUUCGUCUCUUAAACAAUGAUCCAAAACGUUCAACAUCGAAACCCUCUAUUGUUAUCAUCACAGAGAUGGAUUCUCCUACAAAUAAACAUGGAAAACACGAAAGCGAAAACUUUGAAACUAUGGCAAGUGUGAAUGCUCACCAAAACAAAAAGUGUGACAAUGAAUUGGAAUAUAAAGACUUGAUUGCCAUGGGAAAUGUAGAUUUCGUACCAAUAAAGAUCGACGAUGAGUGGGAUCCCAUUGCUCUUAACUACACAUCCGGUACGACGUCUUCUCCUAAAGGAGUGGUAUAUAGUUAUCGAGGAGCCUACCUAAGUACCUUGAGUAUGAUCUUAGGUUGGGAGAUGGCAACCGAACCCGUGUACUUAUGGUCCUUACCGAUGUUUCAUUGUAACGGAUGGACCUUUGCUUGGGGAGUUGCUGCUCGAGGCGGGACUAAUGUUUGUAUACGCAAUACAACCGCAUCUAUAAUUUACAAAAGCAUAGCACUCCAUGGAGUCACUCACAUGUGUUGUGCACCGAUUGUGUUGGACAUCAUUCGAGAAGCCAAGCCAAACGAGCUCGUGCGACUAACCUCCCAAGUCCAAGUACUCACUGGUGGAUCACCUCCUCCACCAGGACUACUUAACGAGAUGGAGAAACUCGGGUUUCAUAUCGUACACGGUUAUGGACUAACCGAGUCAGUAGGCCCUGCACUAGUGUGCGAGUGGCAAAAGGAGUGGGAUGGUCUUUCACAAGAGGAACAAGCACAAUUGAAGGCGCGUCAAGGGAUUAGUCCACUAAGCAUAGCAGACGUCGAUGUUAAAGAUACGGUAACAAUGCAAAGUGUGCCUAACGAUGGGAAGACGACAGGGGAGAUUGUGAUACGUGGUAGUGGCAUAAUGAAAGGAUACUUCAAGAACGAAAAGGCCACCUCAGAAGCAUUUGCUAACGGGUGGUUCCAUACCGGCGAUGUAGGUGUUAUACACCCGGACGGGUAUAUAGAAUUAAAGGAUAGGUUAAAAGAUGUGAUCAUAUCCGGUGGUGAGAAUAUUAAUAGUGUACACGUUGAAGGGGUGAUUUAUCGACACCAAACGGUGUCGGAGGUGGCUGUGGUGGCGAUGCCACACCCGCGAUGGGGUGAAAGCCCUUGUGCAUUUGUUGUGAGAAGUGGUAAAGAUGGAAGUGUAACGGAACAAGAUAUGAUAACGUAUUGUAGAAAUAAUCUUCCUCAUUAUAUGGUGCCUAAAAAGGUAUGUUUCGUGAAAGAGCUUCCAAAGACUUCUACAGGAAAAGUUCAAAAGGGAAUAUUACGUGCUAUGGCAAAGAAGUUUGAUGUGCAAAACGAUCUUCUAUUGAGCCCAAAUAUUGUGGCCUCACGUUUAUAGUGUUUGUUAUUGUCUUAUAUUAUUGUUGACUAGAUUUUAAACUGGUUCAACUUACACACGAUUUUAAUUUGAUUUUGUACUAAAUU